AUGGCUGCGUUCGACGACAGCGGUAAUGACACUGACGGGACCGGCGAUAGCGAUGAGGGUGAUGAAAGUGAUGAGGAGUUUUGGGAAGAAGACAAGCUUCCUCCUCCCGAACACUAUGAGGCCGAGGAGGCCAACCUUGACAUCAAACAGCUCCGGCGGCGUCGCUUGAAGCAACAGACCAUCAACGGGAUAGAUAGAGCCCGCGACCACUGGCACCAAUACUGCAAAUACAUGAAGAGAGACGUGCUCCACGCCUAUCGGGCACUCUCAAUCCAAUCCCUUAAGGGGUUCCUCAGUUGGGCCUGUGAUCAGCGUCGUGGCAAGGGCGGAAGAAGGCGUCCGGGGAUACAAGCGGUUAGCUCCUUGAUAACAUUCUGGAAGCAGUAUUCGCAGGCCUACAAGCAAGACACCGGCAACGACAUCGACCCCCUGAUCAUGGCACAAUCACAGGAUGUGAUCGCGCUCAUCGCCGACGAGAAAAAGCUCAGCCGUAAGCCGAGGCCACCAGGGACCAUGUACGUUGACGACCUUGCUGAGUACAACCGCGUGCUUCUGACGACUAAUGAGAUGGAGUUUCAGGUCGGCUGGGCGCGCAUCCAGCUGAUCCUCUACACCCAGCUCGCGGGCGUCACGGGAAAUCGGCCAGAUGCCUUGACCCAGCUUCGCUAUUGUGACCUCGUGCUCACGCUAGUCCGAGACCCUCAUUCCAGUACACCACGUCUGUGUGUGGGCUUGACCGCCCUCUUCACCAAGGAACACCUGGGCAUGAAGGAUGCUAACACAUUUUGGCUUCCGGAGAUCAUCUACGACCCCACCCUGGUACUCAGUCCGCAUGUCUUUCUUCUGGGGAUGCUGUUCCACAUCCAAGGGUUCAAGUCGCCGAGCAUCAAAACCUCGGAGCAGCUGUACAGCCUGGGCAUUCUGGACGGGCUCAAUCAGCAGGAACUGCCCCUGCGGGAUGAUAUGCUGGACAAGUUCGUCUUCUGCAUGGUGGUCCGCGAGGGAGAUGGCGUCCGGAUCGCACAUGAGAGACGGCUGACCACAUCGUCGCUGCGAAAUCGGAUGAGAAAGGGCGGUGAGAUCACGGGCUUUGAUCAGGUCACAAAGCCGUAUAUCCUCCGUGACGGAGCCGCGAAGGCUUAUAACGAGAGCCCGGAUAUAAGUGAUUCCCUUCAAAACCUGAUGCUCCAGCACGCCAGCAUCGAUACAUUCGUCAAACACUAUCUGGAUCGAAACAUCACCGCCGAUGUUCUCAGCAUCUACCGUGGCCUCGAGCCGCAGAAAGCGUUAAUGAGGAUGGUGUGCUCGAUGAGCCGGUCCAUCGACCCCCGCCGUCCAUGGAAGCUGACGCCGGAGCAGUCGAGAUCGGUGAACGACCUGCCCCACAUCCUCAAGAUCUCUCAGAGAGUUGAAUAUCUGAAGAAACGCCGUGACUCUGCUGCAAGCUGUCUCCAUGGUAGGAUCGGACAGAGGUACCGGCGGAAGGCCGAGGCCAACGACCGAUGGGAGAAGAGGUACAGGCGCCUGGUUGAGGAGUACGAGAGAUGGGACCAAAGGCAUCACAAAGCCGUUCGCCGGCUCCGCGGUGCGAAGCAGCGCGCGAGGACGCUGCUCAAGCGUGAGAUUCUGGAGCGGUACCGACAGGAACAGCCAGUGAUCGACAGCGAGCGACAACUAUCUGGAAAGGUGGUCGAUGAGCACGUUAGAAGUGAACUGGAGCGGUACAUGCCACCUGAGAUGAUGAUAAUGAUUGACGCAGUUCUGACGUUGCCGCCAACCACUCCAGCGGCGGAACUACAACGGCGGAUCAGGGCCAUCCACGCGGUCUCUGCAUACUGCGGUGUUGAGGAAGGCCCCAUCUGCCGUCGGCGUGGCCGUGGCUCCGGCCCCAAGCCAACCACAGCAAAACCGACCGCCCACAAGGCAGAAGCGAUUGGCCAACCAUCAUCAGACAUGCUCCUGGAGUCAGCCGCUCGGGCGGUUCGGAUGGAACCCCGACCCAAAAUAUGCUUUAUCUGUCUGCAGAACACCAACCUCGUGCUGUCGGAUCGGGUCUAUUCAUUCAGUGGACCGGGAGACCUCACCAAACAUUUCCAGAGGCGGCAUCUGGAUAAGUUCCGGCCGCUGGAUUGCAAUAUGUGCAACGUGAGGCUUGCAACUCUGAAAGAGCUUCUGGUCCAUGCGGAAACUGCACACGGAACCGUUACACGUUCGCCCAAGUACAGGAUGCUCGCACAAUCCGGUGAACCCGGUGCCCCGACUGGCUGUCUGCCACCGAGCUCCCAACCAUCUUGGUCCCCGCGUGGCAACCAGUGCGAGGAGGCCAAUCAUCAAGGUGGGAGUUCCAUGUGUGCCUGGAAGCCCCCGCUCGUCUCACAGAUCAUUCGCAAUUCCUCACGCCCCCACCUGCCUUUCCGUUUCCCUUUCACAUUCAAUUAA